AAAUGUGAGCGAGACGAAAACUCAAACAAACUCACAGAAGGUGGAGAAGUCCAGCAGCAGUGCUGUUUUAUCUCUUUUUAAAACAUAAGCAAUGGAUGCUUUGUGGUGAUUACUAGGCAGGAUGGAUCAUUUCAGGGAACCGGUAAAAACAGACUGUGAAGAACUACUGGGUCGUUUUCAGGCGACCGAGUCAGUUCGGUACGAGCAGUUUGUAGAGAUCUGGAGAGACAUGGAUUUCAGCAGCAUCUUCCACGGUAAACCGGAGCCAAAUGAGAGAAGGCACUUCGCUCGUCUGAUUCUGUCUGUGGUGUCCCCAUACUUUUUUCCUCCAUACACGUUCCAGAUCAGAGUGGGGGCCCUUUAUCUUCUGUACAGCCUCUUCAACACACAACUCGCCACACCUAGAGAGAAGAUCCGCAUUGCUCUGAAGGACUGGAAGGAUGUUAUGCAGUUUCAGAAGGACGCAGUGAAUGCUCAACAUUACGAUGUGGUUUACGUCUUCAGAAAGCUCUUGUCAGAUAAAGCUUUCUACUUCACUGCCAUGCCAACACCGCUCAAUUUCAGGAUAAAGAGGGAAGAUGGAAAGAAGAAGAAAAUCUGUGAAGAGUUUGUUGAUCCGCCAACACGUCCUCAGGAAGUCGUAACCACAGAUGUACUAGAGGAAAUUGCAAAUAUCCACGAACAUUAUGAAGGUGUGAAGAAAGCCAUUUUCGCUGAACCAGACCCAAAUCUGAAUAUUGUACAGCAAAACCUGAUUCCCAAACUAAACAGUGCCAUCCUCACUUAUUCCAGCUGGCAGAUGAAUCGUACAACAUCCGAGCAGCAGGAUGCUGGAGAAGGGCCUUCAAAUCAAGAAAGCUCCAGCAGAGCCCAGCUGUUAGCGUCGAUCAAAUCCAAAUCAUAUGGACAAGUCGUAGAGGCUUCAAAGGCCCGACGUCACAGACAGACAGAAUUGGUCUCAGCAGCUGGACCAGACAUUGCGUUAAAUGUGCCUUCAAAAAAGAAAAGAUUCCCGUCACUUAAAACGCGCACUCAGUUACGAUUCAGAACUCAGGGAAAUGAGAGUGAGGGCUCAAAUUUGACCCGACUGUGGUGUUUGAGUUCAGUGAAAGAAGAGAUAGAACCAGAAAAAAAGAAGAGAAAAUUCAACUGGAACCCUGACAAAAGCAGCGAUCCCACAUAGCAUUAGUCAGAGCCGUCUGGAUGGAGUGUGAUGGGCGGGCCGCCUCGUGUUAAAAGCUAGUGCGAUUUGUGCUUUGAGCUCCAGUUUCAUUUAAAUUGUUUUAUGUAAUUGUAAACGUUGCUGCUUUUGGGUUAAAAGGGCAGUGAAUGUAAGUUGCUUUUAAGACAGCUCUUUCUUCUUUUUGUACUUUAGUAUUUGGCUUUAAUGUGAAAUUAGUUUAGUGUUCUUUAAUAGUUUUUAGAUCAACGCGUUCUUAAGCAGCUAUUUAAAAUGGACAGUUUCUACAUUUUAUUUUCUUUUAAAUGAUUUUAAUGAUUUAGUCAUUCUGAAUCUUUUUUGUUUUAGUCUACUUUCUUUCUAUUGUGCCAGCUAAUACAUCUCUCACACAUCGAGAAAAGA